AUCUAUUACUAUGUCUAUAAAGAGAUGGGCACGAAACCAUCUUAUUUACUACCACAAACUCCACUUUCUUUUAUCAAUAUUCAAGAAAAUUCGACUAGCUAGCUAGCGUAAAUUAAGGAGGAUGAAAGGCUCUUGGGUGGUCUCAACGAGUAUCAUUCGUAUUACUCUUUCUUUUACUUUCUUAUUCAUUUGUCAUUUUUCGGACGUGCUUGCGGCUCCUACUAGGCACUUGUGUCGUCCCGAACAAAAGGAUGCACUUCUCAAGUUCAAAAACGAGUUUGAGAUUGGGAAGCCUUCUCCUACUUGUAAGAUGGUUGGCAUUGAAUCUCAUCGGAAGACGGAGUCAUGGGGGAAUAACAGCGACUGUUGUAAUUGGGAGGGAGUCACGUGCAAUGCCAAGUCCGGGGAAGUGAUCGAGCUCAACCUUAGCUGCAGCUCCCUCCAUGGCCGGUUUCAUUCCAACAGCAGUAUUCGAAACCUUCAUUUCCUAACCACUCUAGACCGUUCACAUAAUGAUUUUGAAGGUCAAAUCACGUCUUCAAUUGAAAAUCUGUCUCAUCUCACCUCUCUCGACCUUUCUUAUAAUCGUUUUUCGGGUCAGAUUCUGAAUUCAAUCGGAAACCUUUCUCGUCUCACCUCUCUCGACCUUUCUUUUAAUCAGUUUUCGGGUCAGAUUCCAUCAUCAAUUGGUAAUCUUUCUCAUCUCACCUUUCUAGGUCUUUCUGGUAAUCGUUUUUUUGGUCAGAUUCCAUCUUCAAUUGGUAAUCUUUCUCAUCUCACCUUUCUAGGUCUUUCUGGUAAUCGUUUUUUUGGUCAGUUUCCGUCUUCAAUUGGAGGUCUUUCUAAUCUCACCAAUCUCCACCUUUCUUAUAACAAAUAUUCGGGUCAGAUUCCAUCUUCGAUUGGCAACCUUUCUCAACUUAUCGUUCUCUACCUUUCUGUUAACAAUUUCUAUGGUGAAAUCCCAUCUUCUUUUGGCAAUCUAAACCAGCUGACCCGCUUAGAUGUUUCUUUCAACAAGCUCGGUGGAAACUUUCCCAAUGUCCUACUAAACUUGACAGGGUUGUCAGUUGUAUCACUCUCCAACAAUAAGUUCACAGGCACGCUUCCUCCUAAUAUCACUUCACUAUCCAACUUGAUGGCUUUUUAUGCAAGUGACAACGCCUUCACCGGAACAUUCCCUUCUUUUCUCUUCAUCAUUCCUUCUUUGACUUACCUUGGUUUGAGUGGUAACCAACUCAAAGGCACUCUUGAGUUUGGGAAUAUAUCUUCACCAUCUAACCUACAAUACCUUAACAUUGGCAGCAACAACUUCAUAGGACCAAUCCCGAGUUCCAUUUCCAAAUUAAUCAACCUUCAGGAACUUGGCAUUUCCCAUUUAAACACCCAAUGUCGCCCAGUUGACUUUAGUAUCUUCUCGCAUCUCAAGUCGCUUGACGAUCUUAGGCUAUCCUAUUUGACCACCACUACGAUUGACUUGAACGAUAUCUUACCAUAUUUCAAGACGCUCCGUUCAUUGGAUCUCUCAGGCAACCUUGUUUCAGCCACAAACAAGUCUUCAGUUUCUUCAGAUCCUCCUUCGCAAUCGAUACAAUCUUUGUACUUGUCAGGAUGCGGUAUCACCGAUUUUCCAGAGAUCCUAAGAACACAACACGAAUUGGGGUUUCUAGACGUUUCCAACAACAAAAUCAAAGGUCAAGUUCCUGGCUGGUUAUGGACGCUACCAAACUUGUUCUACUUGAAUCUUUCCAACAACACUUUCAUCGGUUUCCAAAGACCAACGAAACCUGAACCAUCUAUGGCGUACUUGCUUGGCUCCAACAAUAACUUCACCGGCAAGAUUCCUUCUUUCAUAUGUGAGUUGCGUUCUCUAUACACUCUCGAUUUAUCAGACAACAACUUUAGCGGUUCAAUCCCUCGUUGUAUGGAAAAUCUCAAGAGUAAUCUUUCAGAACUAAACCUUCGUCAAAAUAAUCUUAGUGGAGGUUUUCCAGAGCAUAUUUUCGAAAGUCUAAGGUCGCUUGAUGUCGGCCAUAACCAGCUUGUGGGAAAGCUUCCAAGAUCUUUGAGAUUUUUCUCUAAUCUUGAAGUUUUGAACGUGGAAAGCAACAGAAUCAACGACAUGUUUCCGUUCUGGUUGAGUUCUCUACAAAAGCUACAAGUUCUUGUCCUUCGCUCCAAUGCAUUCCAUGGACCAAUAAAUCAAGCCUUGUUCCCUAAGUUGCGAAUCAUCGACAUAUCACAUAAUCACUUCAAUGGAAGUUUGCCGACAGAGUAUUUUGUGGAGUGGAGUAGGAUGUCAUCACUUGGGACAUACGAAGAUGGGUCGAAUGUAAACUACCUGGGAUCAGGCUAUUACCAAGAUUCAAUGGUUUUGAUGAAUAAAGGUGUAGAGUCGGAGCUGGUACGUAUCCUCACAAUCUACACAGCAGUCGACUUUUCGGGAAACAAAUUUGAAGGAGAGAUUCCAAAGUCCAUCGGUCUAUUGAAAGAGCUUCAUGUGCUCAACUUGUCAAACAAUGCUUUCACCGGCCACAUCCCUUCAUCUAUAGGGAACCUGACAGCUCUCGAGUCGUUGGACGUUUCCCAGAACAAGCUUUAUGGAGAAAUCCCACAAGAGAUAGGGAACCUCUCGUUGCUUUCGUAUAUGAACUUCUCUCAUAACCAGCUUACAGGCCUAGUACCAGGAGGCCAGCAGUUUCUAACGCAGCGUUGCUCUUCCUUUGAAGGUAACUUGGGACUUUUCGGCUCUUCUCUUGAAGAAGUUUGCAGAGAUAUUCACACGCCAGCAUCACAUCAACAGUUUGAAACGCCGCAAACAGAGGAAGAAGACGAAGAUCUGAUUAGUUGGAUAGCAGCUGCAAUAGGAUUCGGACCUGGUAUUGCCUUUGGUUUGAUGUUUGGAUACAUACUCGUUUCCUAUAAACCAGAGUGGUUCAUGAACCCUUUUGGCCGAAACAAUCGUAGACGGAAAAGACACACAACAACUCACUAG